CAUGGAAACGUCUCCCGUGUGAACCUCUGAGGCCGUUAGAUCGACCAGCGCCGCUCACAGCUGACUGCUCUGUUUGUCUCUGCUCUGCAAACGCUACAAAGAAAAGAAAAAAGACUUUGAAGAUGAGGGUGUGGAUCGUCUUCCUCCUGUGCCUGGCUGGCCACGCCAUGGCUGCUCCUACUGAGGAGGUGCCCAUCGAGGAGGAGCUGGUAACCGAGGAGCUGGUUGUUGAGGAGCCCGAGGUGGGGGUCAACCCGGUGCAGGUGGAGAUCGGAGAGUUCGAUGAGGCCAUCGAGAUCGUUGAGGAAGAAGAAGACGUUUUUGCCGAGAAUCCCUGCCUGAACCACCACUGCAAGAAGGGCAAAGUGUGUGAGGUCGACGAGAGCAACACCCCCAUGUGUGUGUGCCAGGACGCCUCCACCUGCGCGGCCGCCGAGGGAGACUUCGAGCACGUUUGCGGCACCGACAACAAGACCUUCGACACCUCCUGCCACUUCUUCGCCACCAAGUGCGCCCUGGAGGGAACCAAGAAGGGCCACAAGCUGCACCUGGACUACAUCGGACCCUGCAAACACAUCGAGACCUGCCUGGACAGCGAGCUCAGCGAGUUCCCCCUGCGCAUGAGGGACUGGCUGAAGAACGUCCUGGUGACUCUGUACGAGCGCGACGAGGACAACAACCUGCUGAACGAGAAGCAGAAGCUCAGGGUGAAGAAGAUCUUCGAGAACGAGAAGCGGCUGCAGGCCGGCGAACACUCUCUGGACCUGCUGGCUCACGACUUCGAGAAGAACUACAACAUGUACAUCUUCCCCGUCCACUGGCAGUUCGGCCAGCUGGACCAGCACCCCGUCGACGGGUACCUGACCCACACGGAGAUCUCCCCCCUGCGCGCCCCGCUCAUUCCCAUGGAGCAUUGCACCAACCGCUUCUUCGAGCGGUGCGACGCCGACAACGACAAAUACAUCGCCCUGGAGGAGUGGGCCAACUGCUUCGGCAUCAAGGAGCAGGACGUGGACAACGACCUCAUCGUCUGAGCUGCAAGUCGCUACUAACGGGACGAGGUGCUGAUCCCUAAGUUAAUUAAUAAUUAAAAAUUAAAAAUAAAUCACAGUAACGGUGCUAAUUGCAAAAAAUUCUUGUUUUAUUUCGUUGUUUUUUUUAAAAAUAAUGAAACCUUUCCUGCCUAUACCACUAAAAAAAAAAAAAAUACUAUUACAAAAGAGAAAUGUGCACAGUCUGUACUAACCUCGUCUGAAUUCUCUUGUUU